UCGCGCAGUCCAGACGUGCUUUUCGAACUGUGGUGCAAAACAAGGACAUACGACAUUCGGUUCCUCAUGCAUGAUGAUCAGCCUUAUUGCUCAUGCUGGUGCAGUGCCUUUUGGCUACACGAGUGAAAUGGACGAUUGUGAAGUGCAGUGCUUUUCCUACGAUGAUCAUAAUAUUACCGACUGUGAAACCAUGAGUUGGGUGAAUACUCGAGCUUCCACCACCGGUCUGCCCCCCCUGCCCGACCUCGUCACGAGCAACACGCCCCCAGCGUCGCCUCUCCGUCGCGCCCACUCCUACCACUUCCUCUUCCCGGAGAAGCCCAGCGCCGCGUCCCGAGCUCGGAGGCCGCCCACGCCUUCAGCCCACGCCCCCCGGGACACGCCCCCAACCCCGAGCCGGAGCACGCCCACCCUCUCCCCCUCGCGCGUGGGCGGCGUCGGAUCGCCCGCGAGGGAGGGCGAGCGCCUGACCGCGGGCCUCAAGCACAUCCAGGAGGUGCGGCAGAAGGUGCGGAAGGACCCGCGGUUCCUGGACCGGCGGCAGCACGACCUCCCGCAGCUCACGUGGGAAGUCCCGCGCUACAGGGACGUGCAGGCGGCCCAAGAGGGGAAGGAGAGAGGGGAGCGAGGGGAUAAAGGAGACGGGGAUGAAGAGGGAGAGGAGAGGAAGAGAGGAGAUGAGACGGAGGACGGGGAGACGGCGCAACAGAGAGCAUGGCGGCUCGUCGGACGCGACCUGCGCAAGUUGGGGGACCAGUUCGCGCUCAAACACGCUCAGAGGGUUGGCGCCAAACCGGACAACGACGGCUACAUGAGCUUCGUAGUUCCGCUGACGUUCACUAGAUGUCUCUCGGCCUCCAUCCUGUGCUUGUGUGGUGGCGCCUCUUCAACAAACUCCGCUGAUCGAGGUGUUCACUUGGAAGUUCAUUCGAUUCUUGUACUGCUAGUGUUAACGCGGAGGACAUCCUACGGGUCUAACAAGGAUUCGGCAGGAGUCCUCAGAGUGUCCUCUUUAUACAGUGUAUAA